AUGGAUUUACAAUUUAUAUUGACACCUCUUUUAAAGAGUUCAAUCGAUAGAAUUGUAAUGAAUGUACAUAAAUUAAAGAUCGAUAAAGAAACAAAAGAUCUAAUAGAUAGAUAUUCAAAUUCGACUAUUGACAAAUCAAAAUAUAUACCUUAUUCUCUCAUAAAAAAGAUUUCUGAAUUUUUAAAAGAGAUCUAUUUAGAAGAAGAACAACAAACAUCGAAUAAUAACACUGUACAAACAACCAAUGAACAAGAUAAACAAUCGAAUAAUAGUAAUAAUAUAGAAGUACCAUGUUUUCUACAAGAUAUAUUAAAAGGAUCAACAGUUUAUAUAGAACCAAAACCAGUUGAAAUCGAAGACCCCGAAAAGAUAGCGAAAAGACAAUAUUUACAAGGUUUAUACAAUGAGCAAAGAUAUAAAAAGAUGGUCAAGAACGUCGCUGGCGAGAGAGAGGAUGCUAUGGAACUUGGAUCGAUUUCAUCACAGGCAUCGAUCGGUCUGAAUAUUUUGGCUACAUUUUUCACACUUUUGGCAUGUGGACUGUUCCUCGGUGGAAAGAUGUGGGAUAGCUACGUACUAGGUUUGGCAUUGGGUCUGGCAUUCGGUAUCAUCGGUGUCGCCGCUGAGGUGUGGCUCUUUGUCAUCAAGAGCUCUCAAGUACAGUUUGAAAAGGACAAGUUGAGGGUAACAGAGGAGCGAAUCGGAGAUAUCAAGCUCAAGCGAAGAAUAAGAGAAAUCAAAAAAGGUAUUAGCAUUGUAGAUCAAAACAAUCAGAAAACUCUCACGAUAGUCGAUGAAACAGAACAAACUGCUGUUGUUCAAGAGAAUCAUUUUGUAUUACUUUUAAUAUUUUAUCAAGAUACUGUUAAUUGCGAUGUAUUACCAGAAAUUUCAAGUAUAACAUAUGAUCUUCACAAGUAUUAUGUUACAGGAGAUAUGGAGAAUAAUGUAAAUUAUCUGUUGAAGUUUACGGAUGCAGAUCAAAAACCUGUCUAUAGUGUAUCGUCAACUGCACAAAACAAGACAACUGUUGCAAAUAUUGAUCAAAAUACUGUGAAUAGUUUUAAGGUUCAAUAUUGUAGUACAGAUAAUCCUGAUUUGUGUUCACCUUUAAAGGAUAUUAAUCCUUUUUGCGUCGAUGGAGACAUUAUUAAGAUCCCUACUCAAUAUGAUAUUCCAGUUCCAGUGACUGGUAGAUUUUUUAAAUACAUUCAAAGAAAUACACCAACUUUCAAUGUCGAUGCAAAGUUUAACACUAUCAACGAUACUUUUGCCUACUUUUCAAUAUCCAAAAGUUUUUUCUAUCAAUAUAUUUCCAAUACAAACACAGAGACAACUUUGACUUUUGAUUUAUUAAAAGCCUAUCCUCAAAUUCAAUGGAUUGAUCCAAGUAUCAGUUCUGUAACUAAGAAUGGUGGAGUUUUAACGAUCAAUGGUGACAACUUUGGAUAUGAUGCAAACAAUAUAACAAUUCAGUAUGAUGGUACACCAUACCCUAUUGAUAGAGUCUAUACAGACAAUUCCAUCUUGAUGGCCACUAUUCCAAACUCAUUAAAUAAUAUUAAAAACAUUUAUAUACAAUCAUAUAAUAGAGCAUCUAAAACAUUUGAUUAUAGAUAUGUAAGAAAUGUUGCAAUUUCAGUAAAACCUUAUUCCACUUUUGGUGGUUUCGUUUUUACCUUGAUUGGUUUCAAUUCAAAAGAAAUAAGUGAAAUUCGUAUGAACGAUCAAAUCUGUACUAUUCAAAGUGUAGUUAAUUAUAAUUCUUUAAUUUGCGGAAUAUCUUCUCUAAGUGAUACUGGAAACACUUACUUUCCAAAUUUAUUUUUAAAAGAUGGAACUAAAGUUAUCGGCAACAUCCAAACCUUAAGCCAUACACCAACGGUUCAAUAUAUCAGUCCUCUAGACACUAAGGAAGUUCAAUUUAUCAUUUCAGACCUACCUAUCAAUACUACAUCACAACUUUCUCUAUCCAUUGGAAACUCAACUUGUGUCAUUAAUAAUAAUAAUUUUAAUCAAGGAUCAAAUAGAUUUACUUGUAAUAGAGAUCUUACUUCUUCAAGUCUAACUAUUGUUAUUCAAAUUGGAAGUGUUAUUUUGAAUCUAAACAUUCAAUAUUUUAAUCAGGCAGUUGAUAUAUUCGGUUUGAAUCUAAUAGAACCCAAAUCACUAAAUUUGUUUGGAGGUUUCUAUGAAACCAAAUACUUUGGAAAUAAUAAUUCUAUUAUUGUUUUUCAAUGUUAUAAAAUAGAUAAAACAGUGAACUAUACAUAUACCCUUGAUUUCCCAGGUUCUAUUCAAACUCACCAAGGAAAUUUAAUAUUUUUCAAUCAAUCAAUUAUUUCUACUGGUGGAGGUACUACUAUUGGAAGUACUACCGGUGGUACUACUGGUGGAGGUGGUACAACUGAAGGUACAAGCAGAGGUACAAGUGGUGGUCCAUUUAUACCUGGUUAUCCUAAACCCAAUGAUGAUCUAAAGAAAAUUAUUAUUAUAAUUGCUCCAAUUGCUUUUGUUGUAAUAUGUGGUCUGAUAGUAGCAAUUAUCGUUAUUUACAAGAAGAAACAAUCAAAUUUGAAGAGAAAUUAUGCUUCUGAAGAAAAUAAUUUGGAUUCAAGCACCAAUCCUCAACAAAAGACUAAACUUACUCUUGAGAAUAUGAGUAAAGAUACUGAUGAUUAUGACCAUUUCUAA